AUGAUUUCAUAUACAAUGUAUUCAUCAAGUGAUUUUCCUCUUAUAAAUGGUUUCGCUAAUUUAAACAGUCGAAUUAAUAAAGAAUAUGAUGAUAAUGAAAAAAUACUUCAUAUAACUUCGAAAACAAUGUAUGAUUUAACUCCAUUACGAGAAGUUAUUAAAGAUAAUGAAGGAAAAGAUCAUAUUCUUGGAUGUCAAGCAUUACGAGAAUUUUCAUUUAAUGAAGAUCCAACAGAAUCUUAUAUUGAAACAAUUGAUGAAUGUUCAAUUAUUGAUAGUGUAUUAAUGAAUUCGUUAGAUAAUAAUGAAAUAUUAGAUGAAAUAUGUAGUAAUGAUUUAAGUGAAGUACGCAAUGAUCCAUCGACUUUCUAUUUUCAAGAAUUACAAUCAGCUCUUACUUUUCCAACGACAAUGAUAUCUAUGGAUAUGACAUUAAUGAAUAGUAAAGUAUCAUUUGUUGAUCAAAUACUACAACUACUUCGUGAUAAGAAUGAUUUACCAGAAUAUAGUCAUUUUGAUUCUCUUAAAUUGAAAUCAUUUGUUGGACCUUAUUUAUUUAAAUAA